GGGACUGAGUCACUGCGCGCGGAGUCUGUGUGAGUGCCAAAGUCACUUGCGUUUAUCGCUCUUCCACUCGUUUUAUAUUACGCGUGUAUGGACAGGUUCUGUCUCACCGGGAACAUUACCGCAAAAUAAACAGCGACCGUUUUCCGAAAACCACGCGAGUGUUUUGUGUACGAGAGGCAGAUAGCAAGUGUUCUGCGUUCGUCUAUGAACGGCAUCAUCUAUGAGCUACAAUGGAGCAGAAUCUAAAGUCUGUAAGAAUGUGGAUAAUUACCUGCCUUUUGUUCAUUUUGGGUCAAGCAAUGGAGAAUGACAGAGACUUUAAGAUGUGUGGAACAUGGCGCCAUGGCAACGCAUCCCAAAAUCUGAAAUAUGAUUUGAAAACAGGCUGUAAGGAAAUUGAGAUUUCAGCCAAUGAGAGUACACUCUCAAUUCAGGGCAGCAUCACAGCCAAGUGCACACGAUCUUCAUCCAUUCCUCUAAAAUCAAACCCUCUUCAAAAUCAAAGUCAUUUCUGUGUGUUCUGGGAGCCGCUGCUGGACCUGCUGAUAGUGCAGGUGAAUGGAAAGAAUCACACUCUGUGUGAAUCACAUGGCCUUCAAGGAACCUGCUGCACUGACCUCUCACAAGGGAACCUCAAAACUGCUGCUCUAUAUGGUAUUGUGAAUGGCAGCACCCACGGUGAUAUCAUCAGAUAUGGUGUCAUGGAAGUAUAUAUAUUUCGAGGAGAUUCAAUCAACUGCAAGGAGAAAUUCUGUGAUGAGGCAAGUCAGAAGCACAGUGGAGCAAACAUGAUAGAGGAAGCAGUGAUGAAAUCCAAUAAAAUAGGUCGUGUGGAUCUACCUUGUGCUCAGAGCAGAAUCAUUGAGAUGGAAGAGGGUUUCACAGGACUCAAUUUCACUCUGCCAGCUCCUCGAAUUGUAGCACCAAACAUGAUACCCUCCGUUUAUCUUCCCUCCUGUCUGAAAUCCCAAUCAAGGAGCACAUCCAAAGUGGUGUGUACUUACUACCAAAACAAGACCUUGUUCCAGAGGGGAUCGUCUGAUGCAGAUCUUCUGGGUGGUAUAGUUGGACUCUCUGUGGAGAACGAGAUCAUCAAAAACCUCCCAGAACCUGUCAGAAUCAGCUUUCAUCACUCUGCUCUCCCACCUAACCAUUCUAGAAGUUGUGUUUCAUGGGACGCAAGACGAGAUAAUGAAGUGACCUGGAGAUAUGACGGCUGUGAGACUGUUAAAAUCCACGACACAGAGACAGAAUGUUGCUGUAAUCAUCUCACAUACUUUGCUAUUCUUGUGCAAGUGGAACAGAAGACUACAGUUCGCCAUCUACAGGCUCUGACGUUCAUUACCGCUGUGGGCUGUGCCGUGUCAUUAGUUAGCUGUUUGGUUCUCUUCUAUUGGCUCUGUAAACUCAGAGGGAAGAAAACCCAGAUCUCACUGGUUCACCGUGGUCUAGUAGUGGCAAUAUUUAUUCUGUGCUUAUUCUUCAUUCUUACUGGUACACUGGCCAAUGUAGGAAAUGAAAUUGUUUGUAAGAUAACAGGAUCCCUUCUGCAUUAUGCGCUGCUCAGCACCCUCUGCUGGAUGGCCAUGGAAGUGUUUCACACAUUCUUGCUGAUCCGCAAGGUGUUCAACUCAACUCUCCCGACAUGGAUAUUUUACUUGGUAGGCUUUGGUCUCCCGGUUCUGCUAGUCAGUAUACUGCUCUUGAUAGAGUGGCUUGGAGUUGACGUGGAUAUUUAUGGCGAAAGGAUGAUUGUACCAUGUGAUGAUGUCAACAAUCCUUACCGCAUGUGCUGGAUGUUGGAGAAUGACAACAGCCUAUUGGCUCAUUACAUCAUAAAUGUUGGCUUACUAGCUGUUGUGGUGAGCUCUGGUGCAGUCAUGCUUUUCCUUGUGGUGAGGGAGAUCCACAACCGACCUGACUGGAAGAAGAUUCAUGUGGCUUUUCUCAGUAUCUGGGGUCUCACCUGUCUGUUUGGCACGACGUGGGGCCUUGGUUUCCUGGAUUUUGGUCCUAUGUCAGAGACCAUUCUCUUCCUCUUCUGCAUUAUCAAUAGUUUACAAGGAUUUUUUCUCAUGCUGCGAUACUAUGCUCUUGAACAGAUGAAAAAGAAAGAUAUGUCCAUUUUGGAUGGGAGCAGUUCUGGAUCUUCAAAACAGCAUAUGUUACAGACUCAUGAGAAGAGUUCAAACCCUGGUGAUGCUCAAACAGUGCCUUUCUGCCAAAUGUAACUUCUUUCAGAGAUGUUACAAUAAAGGAUUAUUCACAAAGGGCAUUUGUAAAGCUCCUUUCUCAUCCUGCUGGUCAGGGUGUUGAAUGUUCCUCAGGUGACAUUGCAUUGAUAUUGGGUCACAUGCAGAGCUUCGGGUAGAUAAGCAUAAAUGCUUGACCUGUCAUAAGCUGUAUUUCUGUAUUCAUAUUCUUUGUGAGUAUGAUCAUUUGUUUCCGACUUGCACUUUAGCUUUUUUUAUUACUGUGUAAAAUUGCUGUAUUCAUUGUGAGAUGUGAAUAGGAGUUCUAGCAAAUCACUUUUAAUGAUGAAUAAAAAA